AUGGUCACCAUUAAUGCUGUUCGGGCUUCGAAUGUCGCAUUCAAAGCUACAGGCACUCCUGGUAUGGUUGCCGUGUUUGCGGGUGCAACAUCAGGUAUUGGUAUGGGUACAUUAAAAGCAUUCAUCAAGUACGCAAAUGCUCCCAAGGCGUAUAUCAUUGGACGAUCCGAACCAGCUGCAGGGUGUCUACUCAAAGACCUGAAACUUUCAAAUCCAUCAGCAUCACUGAACUUCCUUGAAGGCGAGAUCUCUUUAAUCAAGGAAGUGGAUAGACUUUGCAAUGAAAUUAAGAGGAAAGAAGAAAAGGUCGAUAUCGUAUUCUUGAGCGCAGGCUAUUUGUCCUUCGAUGAUCGGAAUGUAAGGCGAGAUUUCAAUAUGAUUAAAGCAGCUAGUAGCGGAACAACUCAAACAACUCUAGCGUUCGAAGAAUUGGCGAAGUCUAACUCUCGUAUAACUUUCUUUCACAAUUCUCCUGGAUUUGUGGAUACUGGGGCUGUUGGUAGAUUGAUGUUUUCUACCACGGGUUUUUAUGCCAUUCCAUCAACUUUCUUUAGAUGGGUAAUGUUGCCUUUUCUCAACUUAUUCGCAACGAGUGUGGAGGAAGCGGGAGAAAGAGGAUUAUUUUUGGCAACUAGUGCGAAGUACCCACCUGCCGAAAUAAGAGAGGGGGCUAGUUCGGGCGUGAAGCUACCUGCGGGUGUAGAGAUUUCAAGGAGUUUGGCGGUUGAUAGACAUGGAAGUUCAAAUGGAGUUUAUAGACUCACGGCGGAUGAUGAGAGUGCACCUGAUGGUGACAUCUUGCCGGAUUAUAGGAAGAACAAUGCAGGAAGAGUUGUCUGGGAGAGCACAAUGCGUUUUUGGGAGGGAGCUUUGGAGAAGGCAUGA